UUCAUCUGAUGCGAUUGCAUUAACAUAACAUAACAACAUAAACAUUGAAAACUUCACCCAGAAAACACUCGUAGAGAGAGAGAGAGAGAAACAGAGCUCGGUCUGCAGCAGCAACAAACAAAGGCAAUGGCUUUCAGCACCCGGCGUGGGGGCUGGGCCCAAAGUCUGCUCCCCUUCUCGGCUCCGCCUAACCCCAAAUCCAAGCACCCCCGAAAGUCCCGCAGGCGAUUGGCCCUCCGGGACUUCAUCUUCACCAACUUCUUCACCAUCGGCCUCACGAUCUCCUUAUUCUUCUUCCUCAUCGUCGUGCUCCGCUACGGCGUGCCCCGACCCAUCUCGUCCCACUUCAAGUCCCGGCCUCCGCGGUUCCCGAAGCCCCGGAAAACCGUUAACCGAAAAUCCGACGCCUUGAACAACACCGUUUUGAGCUCCACGGUGGACAUCACGACGAAGGAAUUGUACGACAGGAUUGAGUUCCUGGAUAUCGAUGGUGGGCCUUGGAAACAAGGGUGGAGGGUGAGCUACAAGGGGAACGAGUGGGACUCGGAGAAGUUGAAGGUGUUUGUGGUGCCCCAUUCGCACAACGAUCCGGGUUGGAAGCUCACGGUGGAGGAGUACUAUGAGAGGCAGUCCAGGCUCAUACUUGAUACCAUUGUUGAGACGCUUUCUAAGGAUGCUCGGCGUAAAUUUAUAUGGGAAGAGAUGUCUUAUUUGGAGAGAUGGUGGAGGGAUGCCUCAGAGACCAAAAGAGAGUCAUUCGUUAAUUUAGUAAAGAAUGGGCAGGUUGAAAUUGUUGGAGGUGGCUGGGUAAUGAAUGAUGAGGCUAAUUCACAUUAUUUUGCCAUCAUUGAGCAGAUAGCAGAGGGGAAUAUGUGGUUGAACGACACAAUUGGGGUUGUUCCAAAAAAUGCUUGGGCUAUAGAUCCAUUUGGUUACUCGCCUACCAUGGCAUAUCUUCUUCGUCGUAUGGGUUUUGAGAACAUGCUUAUCCAGAGGACCCAUUAUGAGCUGAAGAAGGAACUUGCACAGCAUAAGAAUUUGGAAUACAUAUGGCGUCAGAGCUGGGACACUGAGGAAACUACUGACAUUUUUGUUCACAUGAUGCCCUUUUAUUCAUAUGAUAUUCCACAUACUUGUGGGCCAGAGCCUGCUAUUUGUUGUCAGUUUGACUUUGCUCGAACGCAUGGCUUUACUUAUGAACUUUGCCCAUGGGGACAGCAUCCAGUGGAGACCAAUCGGGAAAAUGUUCAGGAGAGGGCAGAAAAACUACUCGAUCAAUAUAAGAAGAAAUCAACCUUAUACCGGACAAAUACACUUCUUGUUCCUCUGGGAGAUGAUUUCCGUUACAUCAGCACCGAUGAAGCAGAAGCCCAGUUUAGGAACUACCAAAUGUUAUUUGAUUAUAUCAAUUCCAAUCCGAGUUUAAAUGCGGAGGCGAAGUUUGGUACUUUGGGAGACUACUUUGAAACCUUACGUGAGGAGGCUGACAGAAUAAAUUAUUCAUUUCCUGGUGAGGUUGGAUCUGGUCAGGUUGGAGGUUUUCCUUCUUUAUCAGGUGACUUCUUUACCUAUGCCGAUAGGGAACGGGACUAUUGGAGUGGCUAUUAUGUUUCAAGGCCUUUCUUCAAGGCUGUUGAUCGGGUACUAGAGCAAACGCUACGUGCCACAGAAAUGAUGAUAGCUUUAUUACUCGGGUAUUGCCAGAGAUCACAAUGUGAAAAGUUACCCACAGGGUUUUCCUACAAGUUGACAGCGGCAAGAAGAAACUUAGCUCUUUUCCAGCAUCAUGAUGGGGUCACAGGUACUGCUAAGGAUCACGUGGUUCAGGACUAUGGAUCUCGGAUGCAUACUUCUUUGCAGGAUUUGCAGUUUUUCAUGUCUAAAGGUAUAGAAGUUCUGCUUGGUAUCCGCCAUGAAAAAUCUGAUCAAAACCCUUCUCAGUUUGAGCAAGAACAGGUGAGAUCUAAAUAUGAUGCUCAGCCAGUGCAUAAGGCAGUCAGUGCUCGUGAAGGAACUUCUCACUCAGUGGUGUUUUUUAAUCCUUUGGAGCAAACAAGAGAAGAAGUUGUGAUGGUUUUAGUCAACAGGCCAGAUGUUACUGUUUUGGACUCAAACUGGACAUGUGUUCCGAGCCAAAUUUCUCCUGAAUUGCAGUACGACAACAGCAAGAUUUUUACUGGGAAGCAUCGUGUCCACUGGAAAGUUUCUGUUCCUGCCCUGGGGCUGCAAACAUAUUACAUUGCUAAUGGCUUUGUUGGAUGUGAGAAGGCAAAACCAGCAAAACUAAGAUUUUUCUCGAAGUCUACUUCGUUACCUUGUCCCACUCCAUAUGCUUGCUCAAAAGCAGAAGGUGAUGUAGCUGAAAUCCAGAACCGGCAUCAAACGCUCAACUUCGAUGUGAGGCACGGUUGUUUACAGAAAAUAAGCUUUAAAAAUGGCUCCCAAAGUGUUGUGGGUGAAGAAAUCAGUAUGUACUCUAGUUGGGGAAGCGGGGCUUACCUAUUCAAACCCAAUGGUGAUGCACAAUCUAUUAUCGAAGCUGGUGGGCAUAUGGUGAUCACCGAGGGCCCUUUGAUGCAGGAAGUAUUCUCUUAUCCCAGGACAGCAUGGGAGAAAACCCCCAUCUCCCAUAGCACUCGUGUAUAUAAUGGAGAUAACACUAUACAGGAGUUGCUAGUUGAGAAGGAAUAUCAUGUUGAGCUUCUUGGCCAGGAUUUUAAUGACAAGGAAUUAAUAGUUAGAUACAAGACAGAUAUUGAUAACAAAAGGAUUUUUUACUCUGAUCUAAAUGGCUUCCAGAUGAGCCGCAGAGAAACGUAUGAUAAGAUCCCAUUGCAGGGAAAUUACUACCCUAUGCCCUCUCUUGCAUUCAUGCAAGGAUCCAAUGGCCAGCGGUUUUCUGUUCACACUCGGCAGUCAUUGGGUGUGGCGAGCCUUAAAGAAGGAUGGUUAGAGAUUAUGCUUGACCGCCGAUUGGUAAGAGAUGAUGGGCGUGGUCUUGGGCAGGGAGUGAUGGAUAAUCGUCCAAUGAAUGUAGUCUUCCACAUCCUUGUGGAAUCCAACAUUUCCUCCACUCCAAGCUCAGUUUCCAAGUCUUUUCCCUUAAGCCCCUCUCUCCUUUCUCAUUGCGUUGGUGCUCAUUUGAACUAUCCAUUACAUGCAUUCAUUGCAAAGAAGCCGCAGGAAUUAUCUGUGCAGCCGCCCCCAAGAUCCUUCUCCCCUUUAGCUGCUCCCUUUCCAUGUGACUUGCACAUUGUGAGCUUCAAGGUCCCUCGGCCUUUAAAAUAUUCUCAACAGCCAGUUGAAGAUUCUAGGUUCGUUCUAAUCUUACAGAGGCGUCAUUGGGAUUCUUCAUACUGUCGGAAGGGCAGAUCACAGUGCACUCGUGUUGCUGAUGAGCCUGUGAAUCUGUUCUACAUAUUCAAGGGACUUGCAGUAUUGAAUGCGAGAGCAACUUCUUUGAAUCUUUUGCAUGAAGAGACGGAUAUUCUUGGAUACAGCGAGCAGGUUGGAGAUGUUGCCCUAGAUGGACAUGUCCUCAUCUCUCCCAUGGAAAUACAGGCUUACAAGUUGGACCUACGGCCGCACCAAUGAAUAGACACUGAUUUUCCUGAUGCUAGUUGUUCUGGGUCUGUGAAGAAUGAUUCUAGAUAUAACACCAUCAACUUCAAAGGAUGAAUUGUCGAUGGUCUGCCAUCUCACUGAAAAAUCUGAAUAUGUCAAAGCUGGCUUUGGGCAGAGGGUUUUUAGAAGGGGCAGGACGUUGUCAAUGAACUGGGUGGGUGACCCUUGCUGAGGAGGUUGAUUUAACCAUAUCCGCUUGAUAUUUUUUGGUGCCAAAUUGCUGUCACAAGAUACAUGAUAGAAAUUCAUAUCUGUGACUCGUUUGUAAGUACUCGGAUACAGUAGCAUCUAUGUUUACCUCUUUUGCAACUACGAUAAACUCUGAAUAUGGUCGAAUUUUCCCUGAAUAUAUUUUGCUUGAGGUCGAAGUAGCCAGCGUUCAUAAA